AUGGCUUCCACUGUUGAGCUCGCAUCCUCUUUCAUCGAGGGUGCCCCUCCCGGCGAGCUUGCCGAUGUCACUGCUGGUAACACGCUCUCCCUCCUCGUUCUGCCUCUUCCCGCUCCGGCCUUGACCUCGGAGGGAGAGAACAUCAUUCCCUCACUCAUUCCCGCAUUCGAACGAUACAAUGAGCGGCAACUCGCAACCGUGAAGUUGCCGGGCUCUAGUCAGGAGGUCAUUGUGAGUGAAUUUAACAAAUUGGAGGAUAACCGAUACUUCGACACGGAGAGCCAGACCUCGUUUGAGGUCGACCACACCAACCAGACCGCGUCGGCGGCUCAAUCUGCUCCUCUGGAGUCGCAGAAUGCCGACUUGAUUAAAUCGCUGCUCAAGUCGCUCGGUAUCCACGCCCGCGAGCACUACCCCAGCUGCUCAUAUGGGGUCUACCCCAUUGAAAAUGAUUCUGCCGUCGCGAUCCUUGUGGUUUCCAACCGCUAUUCACCCAACAACUUCUGGAACGGUCGUUUCCGAGCUAUCUACCAAGUGCCUGCAUCCUCGUCAUCCACCGUGACCGGCAAGAUCCACGUCGACGUGCACUACUACGAGGACGGCAACGUGGCACUCAACACCACCAAACCCGUUAGUCUGUCCGUUCCCUCUGCAUCAGCGGAGUCGAUUAUCUCGCGCAUUGCAACAGCCGAGCGCGAUUACCACGAAGAAUUGAACAGGGCCUUUGUCCAAAUGGCUGAAGGGGCAUUCAAGGGUCUCCGGAGGCAGCUGCCCAUUACACGACAGAAGGUGGAAUGGGAGAAGGUUGGUGGAUAUCGACUGGGACAGGACAUUUCGGGCGGCAAGGGCCGGUAG